GGAGGAGUAUAGGAGAAAUAUAGAAGAGAGGGGCGCAUGUGUGUAAAAGACAUGAGUACAGAAGGAAAUCAGAGUAAGGGAGGAGAAGGAGUGGUGGACACAAAACCUGGCCAGUCUGGGUGGAAGCAAUUCCAGUGCCCCAUAGCUGAUCCGCACUUUCCUAGGGAAGAUAUAAAGAAGAUAUGGAAGGAGUGUCAGUACGAGAGCUUCGUGUAUCGAGCUCUUCCACUCUCUGCCGGCAGCAUGGCUGUGUCUGCUGGCCUCAUUUACAGCGGCGUCUGGAAAAAGUCCAAGCGAUUUGGGUAUUUCCCUAAACUGCUUUUGGCGGGUAUUGUGGGUUAUGCAGUAGGUAAAGCUUCCUAUGUCGGGACCUGCAGAGAGAAGUUCAACAAUAAACUGGGACCAGAGUUCGCCAGAGGGUUUAGUCCUCCUGGAUUUGGAGCUGGUGGCUCUAAACCUGGACAUAAACACUGCAUCCAUGUGUGUGAAAAGUGCAAGCAAGAAGAAGCACAAGCCACAGCAACAGCGCCUGACGCACCCACUCAGAGCUGAGAGUCUUUAGAAUCCGCAGGACACCACUCAUUACCCCAUGUCAUUUUUUAAAAUAAAAAAAUAAAUUAAUUACAA